AUGCGCCACUAUCGUUCGAACGAUCGUGCGCUAAAGAAUUGUUAUUAUCCUUUACGAGAUCAUGGAGCUCAUAACGCCGAGUCCGUUCAUGAGCCAGGUCAUCGAAUAGCUUAUCCGUUUCACGGUUCAGUUCCUGAGCAUCAAGCGGAUCCGACCCUCGAGCCGGAUCAGGUGGUCCCGCCUCCACCGCAUCCUUUGGUGCAUUCCCUCGGUGGUCAACGCUUUUUGGUAGAGCUUAUCGUGAACCACCGCGACGUGAAGGGCGUCCGGACGAGUUUCCUCGUCAGCUGGCAUGGCUAUCCACCGGCCUGGAACUGCUGGGAGCAUCGCGCCCAGCUGAUUGUUGAAGUUCUAGGCCUCGUCGAGCAAUACGACAGGACCCACCCGCCGAGUUCAAAGAAGGGCCGUCGAUAA